UUAGCCAUGUCGCAGAUUUCCGCCCCACUCUCUCAGGGUGUUGGAUAUGGAGUUGUCAUCGGAAUUGGAUUGACAUUUGCAGCAGGCAUGAUACUUAUUACUAAAGCGCUGAAAAAGACAGUGGGAGAAGACAAUUCGAAUGCUGAGACUUUUAUUGUGGCCAAUCGGAAUGUCGGUACCGGCCUUGUCGCAUCGGCCGUUGUCUCGUCUUGGUUAUGGAGUACCAUGCUCUUAAGUACAGUUUUAGUAGCGUAUCAAUAUGGCAUCAGUGGCCCCUUCUGGUAUGGUGCUGGCUGUUCCCCCAUGAUUGUUUGUUUCGCCUAUCUUGGAACUGUGUGCAAAAGCCGGGUACCAAGCGCGCAUACUGUAUUAGAAGUCGUGAAGAUCCGAUAUGGCACUGUUGCUCAUCUGAGCUUUACAUUUUUGGCUGUGGUGAACAAUUUAUUCAACACAAUCAAUAUGAUUCUGGGCGCUUCAUCAACUAUAACAUACCUAACUGGAAUGCACAUUGCGGCUUCAACAUUUCUCCUACCCCUUGGUGUGGUUAUUUACACACUUACUGGCGGUAUCAAAGCAACUUUUCUGACCGACUACCUGCACACAUUCAUUAUCUUGAUUCUUUCUUGCUACCUAACUACUAAAGUGCUUAUUUCUGAUGAAGUCAAGUCGAUUGGUGGAUUGUAUGACCUCGUGAUUCGGGCUCAACCAGACCACUUCAUCAAUGGGAAUUAUCAGGGUUCAAUUUUAACCAUGACUUCCCAACAAGGGAUAUUUUUCGGAAUAAUUCUCCUUGUGUCAAAUUUCGGGGCGGUAAUAAUGGACACUGGAUAUUUCACAAAAGCAUUCGCUGCAUCACCAGGCAGUGUUUUACCAGGCUACGUUACUGGAGGGGUAUUCUACUUCAGCAUUCCAUGGGCUAUUGGGACUGUUAUGGGAAUGUCCGCUCUAGGACUGGAGAGUUCAAAAGCUUUCCCAACAUAUCCACGAGCCAUGACACCCACAGAAGUGACAAAUGGACUGGCCCUACCGUAUGUAGCGAUAGCGGUAGCGGGAAAGGGCGGGGCUGUGGCUAUCCUUUUGAUGGUCUUCAUGGCUGUGACCUCUACCUUAUCGGCUCAGGUGAUCGCAGUGUCAUCGAUAGUUGCCUUUGACGGGUAUCGAACAUAUUGGAAUGUUAACGCAACAAAUAAAGAUGUUAUUCUAUGGAGUCGGGUGGGGGUCAUCAUAUUCGGGCUUGUCGCUGCAGGUCUUACUACUGUUUUCCACUACGUCGGCAUUGACAUGGGCUGGACUCUAUAUAUGAUAGGUGUGAUUACAUGCCCGGGAAUUUUCCCGCUGAUUCUUACAUUCCUCUGGAGGCGGCAAAGUCGCAUCGCUGUAAUUGCAUCGGCCUAUCUCGGGUUGGUGUCAGGACUCGCUGUUUGGCUUGGGACGGCGUACCGCUUCUACGGUGAAGUGAAUGUCUCUACGACAGGCAAGACUUUACCAUGCAUGUAUGGUACAGUCGUCUCGGCCUUCAGUCCACUUCUGUAUUCCGGGUUGAUCUCCUUAUUUUCCCCUUCUGACUUUGACUGGAAAAUUCUGGCAAACAAGAGCUUGGAGGUAUGCCCAGAAAAUGAGUCUCAGGAGCAGACCCAAGAGGUCACAAAAAUCGAAGAGACUUUAGAGUCGACACAAAAACGCUGGGCGCGAUACGCUCUUUUAUGGGCGGUUGCAACAUUCCUAGGUCACUGGGUGCUUUGGCCACUGCCUAUGUAUGCAGCACGAUUUAUCUUCAGCCGAGGUCUUACUGAUGGUGAACAGUUUUUUAUCGCCUGGGUGGCUGUCGCAAUUGUCUGGCUAUGGCUUACAUUGUUGACGGUUGGCCUAUACCCGCUGUUGGAUGGACGGAAGCGAAUCUUCCUGGUUUUCCCAAGAAUACUCGCAAACUAG